CAGUGUGGAGCUGCAACACUAAACUACACAGUGAUAACAACACACUUUACACUGGUUCCCAGUCCACCUCCCAGUAACAUGGUCCAGUCAGAGUCUCUACACACCAGCUGCUGCUGCUUCAACCUCUGGAUCACCAGGACACACUUCAUCCUCUCACCACAAACACCGUCCUGAUCAGCAUCACUUCCAUCUGCAGAGAGAAGAAGAAAGAAGAGAGGAGAUCAAUGAGUUUGAUCAGCAGCUCAUCAGGAUAAAGAGCAGAAACAUCUCAUCUGGUCCUCAAGUUUCAGCUGACAAACCAACAUGGAGGCUGUCAGUCAGCACAUCUGGAUGGAAUCAGACACAACCUCCAUUUCUCAGUAUGCGUACUUGUCCAUACUUGAGUUCUCGUGUACUUGUGAAACGUCAUCAGUCAGAGACCAAGUACUGUUCCUGUAGGAUCCAAACUGAAAUUUAUGUUGAUUUUCACUCAUUCUUUCUUUUUAUUAGUACAUGGAUAUGAAUAGGAGAGAGAGAGAGUGUGAAGGUGUGUCCUUGAGGAAGCUGUAGGUGGAACCAGCUGUGACAACAUCUGGAUGUUGUCACAGCUAGGGUGACUAGGGUAGAACAAACACACAAAUUCAAAUCUGCAAUCAAGCUAUUUUAAUGCAUUGAAAUUAAACAAACGAGACUGUCCUCCUUGAAAAAACGACCACAUAGGUCGUUUGUACACGCCCCUCAUUACGACCGAGUGUUACGUUUUGAAGUUUAGCGACCUCUAGCGGUUGAGUAAAUAUCGACACAGCUGAAACGUCACCAUGACACUUCACACGUAACUUUGACCUUCUUCCCCAAUCAAAAAACGGCUACUGAGAGGCCACAAACACUGCACUGGUAAGUACGACAAAUUCGUGGAUUGAAUUUUAUUUGCUGAUUUGUGAUACUAUAGUAAUCGAUUAUUUGCAAUUCCUAUGUAGUUGAGUUAUUUUUACGUAUUAGUCACAAAUUAGUUGUGACAGACACAUGAUUUUACUAAAAACAAACGCUAACGUUAGCAUGCUAAUAUUCAAGCCGGUUAGCUAGUUGCCUAAUCAUGUCAUGCCCUACAUCUGAAAUAACUGCACACGCAAAAUUGGCUGAAGGCUACACAGACUUAAAUAUUGGUGAAAGAGAAAUUACUUUUAGCUAGUGGGAUUAAACCACAUUCUGUGACUAGAUUCUGUGAGCUGUAUACACAUUUCUGUCCACAGGAAACUGUGUUAUCCUACUGUAUCUCAGACUGUAUUUUGACAGUAUUAUCUGUGAACCCAUUCGUUCUAUAAAUGUAAAUAUGUAAGAACACUGCAGGUACAGCACUGACUGGAUUUACAGUUCAUAGAAUCAGAUUUAUAUUACUUGCUAUUGCUGAUUUAAUAGCCAACAUGCAUGAUCCCCAUCAGUGAUCAUAGACCAGUCUUUGUGCCUUUCUCCUUCCUUUCUUCUGUCUUCAGAUGGCUUCUGACAACUUCAGACAGUGGCUGGAGAUGGGAAAAGCAUUGGCAGAUGAGUUUGCAUCAAAAAAACCAUCAAAGAAACGGAAGCAGAAGCGGACUGCAGGUUCCAGUGUUUCCUGGAGGACAAGGGACCGUAAUGGGUACAUUGUACCAAAAUACAUCCAGAGGAAUCGAUCAGUUAAACCCACUGACAUGUGUGAAAGACAUAAUGCCUUCCCAAACUCUAUGGAGGUGCCAGAAGUUGAGGACUCACAGAUGGGUGAAAUUCCUCAAGAGGUCCCAAAUUUUGAUCAACAUCUUCAGACACUGAGAGACCUGCUGAGUUCAGUCACCGUCCCAGUGUCAGCACAAGUGGAGGAGACACCCAGCAUGUCUGUGUGGACCAGGAGGCAGCUAACUUCAGAGAAAAAUUUCAAGGCUGCGUUGCCAGAGUUCCUGAGCUGUAUGCUGGCUGCAGAAAGUGUUCCCCACCAUUGCUGUCAGCAGUGCAAAACAGUCGAUGCUGUAGUCAGGUGCUUGGACUGUGUUCCCUCAGGAGUUCAGUUUCUCUGCGCAUCGUGUGACUUGAUAGUCCACAAAAAAUGUGUAUUUCAUGACAGAGAGGUCAUGGUUGAUGGUUUUUAUAAACCUAUUCCACCCACAUCCUCUGUGAAGAUGAGUGAAAGAGGUCAUCAUGAACUUGUCGAACAAGUAUGUCUGCUGCCGAUUCCUCCACCAACACAAAUCUGCUCCUGUGGCUGCAACCAAGACCUUGCCAUCAUACCAGGAAAGCAGACUGUCUUGGUGACAAUAAAUGGUCCAUACAACCUGUGUUUGCCUAUUGUGCGCUGCCCAUGUUGUUCUUUCAAGUGGACCCCAGGGAUCAGUGACCUGAUUCGUCUUAGAUACUGGCCAGCAACAGCAAGCUGCCAAACUCUGUUCAAAUUUGAUGUCUUUACAUCAUUUGAGCAGAUGAAGUUGGCCAGCCCAGCUACGUCCCAAAAAGCAUUUAUCCGAAUGCUUGAACAUCGUGCCCAUCGCACAGGACGAAUGGGCAGUAUAUGUGGUGAUACAUUCCACAAGGUGUAUCGGGAAUUUUCUUUCUGCAACUGGAAGAAAGAGCAUCUGUGCCUGGUUGAGCCCUUCAUCUGCCCUGCAUGCACACCAGACAUGCUUGCCAUAUCUGCAGAUGGUAACCGAAAACACUACCGCUUCAAGAAGUCCAUGGGGACAGAUGAACAGUCUCUCUUUGAUGGACUGUUCAUCGCACAGGAUGCCAAGGUGUCUGCCUUUGUUGACCAGAUAAGAAGCCACAUGAUACUUAGGACCGGUCAUGAUGUCUGUGGGCCAGCAACAUUUACAGCAGGCAGAGAAACUGCACAGAAGUUCAGGGCCAAGGUGGAUGAGGAAGGCCUGGAAAUUGCUGUUUGCAGACAUGGAAUGUUGCUGCAAGGCUUAAAUCACUAUCGUGGUGAAAUAUAUGCCUACCCAUUGUUCCUGCAGAAAGAGCUGGCUGAAAGAGCGAACAUAAAGUUCUUUUGUAUGGACCUCACUUGCAGGUAUUGGCCAUAUUUGGAGAAGAUGGCAGAGAAGUUGCCCGAGCUCCAACCACUAACAGAGAUGAAGCCUUUUCUCUCUGUAAUGCAUGCCAAGGCUCACACUGGCAAAUGUGAGGUGAGAUGGGGUGGCAGAAACCAGGAGGGUGCAGGAAAUACUGUUGGUGAAGAAGUGGAGCAAGUGAACAGCUUUCUCUCAAGGGCAGCUCUGACUACAAAAUACAUGACCAAGUCAGGCAGAGGAGAUAUGUUGACAAUGCUUGCCAUGGGAUGGAACAACAGGAAGGUGGAGAGUCUUCACAAGACACUGGCAAAGCGAUUUGUCAAGUCUACACAGAGAGCAGAAACUGAAACAGCAAAUCUUGAGCGUCUCCAGCAUGAACUCAACAUCGAUCAUGAUGACACAGAGAAGUGGGUGGAGGAUGUGAAGCAGUGGGCAGCCACUGAAAAACAUGGUGCUCGUAGUAGCCAAGAAGAGCUCCAGAGAGAGAUUGAGGAUAUCAUCUAUUCCCUCAGAAGGAAGAAGCAUGAUCUCUAUCGACAAAAUGACAGCAAUCAAACAAGGCAACGCAAACGGAGGAGACUGGGUGAGCUCAAGAAGAAACUCAGAGAGAUGAUCAUGCAGUACAACGCUGUUGCAACCAGUGCACAAAACAUUGACGCAGAAGCAGCAUGCAGUCUCUCUGAUGUGUUGCUGCCUUGGGAAGCACAAGGAGAUGUGGUGAGCCUUCGUUUGAAGAGGCGUGUUUUUGACCAGGUCAUGCUAGUCAGGCGUAUCGAAGAGGAGAGGCUGAUCGUUGUGAAGGAGAUGACUCAACAUUAUCAGUACUUGAGAAACGCAUUGGACAAACUACAAAGCCUCCUUCAUCACACUGAAGAGAACAUCAAGAACAACGUUACUCUAAUAGAGAUGACAGAGGCCGGAUAUAGAGGACUGCACUGCUGUCUUCUGCAGAAGAGAGAUGCGCUACAAAAAAAACUGAGUGAACUCGCCAGCACCUAUUCCCAUGUAGACACAGACUCUGUUUUUUUAAUGGUAGAAGAAGACGUGGAGGACUGUGAAGAGGACGACAGCAGCUCAGAACUUUCAGAGGAGGAAUUGUGAAUUGUUUGGCUGCAUUGAUUCAUGACACAAUAAAAGAUUACACAGCAGUGUGUCUACCAGAGUACAGCAAUAAUCUGGCCAGGAGGCAAACUUUAAAGUUAUUGUGCAUUUCAGAAUAAUGCUGACAUGAUAUUAAAGGUAACACAAAUGGUGACAUGCAGAAUAAAUACAUGUCAGUUGAA